AUAUAAAAUGCAAGUGAUGGUGAAUUCAACGCGUAACUUUAUGAAGGUGGAUAAAUCCACGACUGCGUCUGCGACUACGAAUACAACUAUAUAUUGUGAUCGGUCUCGGAAAAAGCUGUUGCAAUAACGAUAACGAUAAGCAAAUGCUGGGUGGAGUGGGAGUCCGACGCAGAAGAAGCUCGUCACCGAUGACGCGCUUAACGAAUUCGAACGUAUUUAGCUUGGAUGACAACAUUGCUAUCAUUGGAGAUGGCAUCACCCGGAGUUGUGGACCUUCCUCCGGCCCGCCGUCGACUGGCAAGCUAAGGCACUCAGCCACAGGCAGAGCCAAUGAGAGUUUUCCAUUAGUUCAGACACGUCUCAACUUGGGUGAUAUAAUGUUGGAAGCAGCUCAGGAAGCAGUGCUAGCAGGGCAUCAACAGGACUCCUUAGGCGGGGGGCACUUGGGUCGAAAGGGAGCCCAUCGCUUAGCUGAUAGAAUGGGUGGCCCAAAAAAAGAGGAAAACCCACCAGGUGGUGGUCCGACGUCAUUGUUUAUCCUAACCGAGGAUAACCCAAUUCGAAAGUACACACGAUUCAUCAUUGAAUGGCCGCCCUUUGAGUACGCUGUGUUAUUGACAAUCAUCGCCAACUGUGUUGUGUUGGCACUAGAGGAACACUUGCCAGAAAGCGACAAGACAGUAUUGGCUCAAAAACUGGAAAAAACGGAGGCCUAUUUUAUAUGCAUUUUCUGUGUAGAAGCAUCGCUCAAGAUCAUUGCCUUAGGGCUUGUUCUGCAUAAACACUCCUAUCUCAGGAAUAUUUGGAACAUCAUGGAUUUUUUCGUUGUAGUGACGGGAUUCGUGACACUGUACCCAAAUUUGGGGCCCGAGGUAGACCUAAGAACACUUAGAGCCAUUCGUGUGCUACGGCCCUUAAAAUUAGUGUCUGGAAUUCCUAGUUUACAAGUAGUUUUAAAAUCUAUAAUCAAGGCGAUGGCACCUUUACUGCAAAUCGGUCUCUUGGUGUUGUUUGCAAUCGUAAUAUUCGCAAUCAUUGGACUCGAGUUUUAUUCGGGCACACUGCAUAAGACUUGUUAUAGCUUAGAAGAUCCAAACAAACUAGUGAAGGAAGGUGAAGUAGAGACACCCUGCAACUCAGAUAACAUCUUAGAAAAAGCGGGAGGCUCCUUUGUAUGUAAUAAUGCGACGAGCAUGUGUCUGGACAAAUGGGAUGGACCAAAUCAAGGCAUAACAAGCUUUGAUAAUAUUGGAUUUGCCAUGCUGACGGUAUUCCAGUGUAUCACAAUGGAAGGCUGGACUGCAAUACUAUAUUGGACCAACGACGCAUUGGGUUCAUCAUUUAAUUGGAUAUAUUUCGUGCCUCUUAUAGUUAUAGGCUCAUUUUUUAUGCUCAACUUAGUUCUUGGUGUUUUGAGUGGAGAGUUUUCAAACGAGCGAAACCGCGUCGAGCGUCGCAUGGAAUUUCAGAAAUGUCGAUUUCGUGCCAUGUUUCAAACAGCAAUGGUCUCAUAUCUUGAUUGGAUAACGCAAGCAGAGGAGGUUAUAUUAGCCGAAGAAAGAACAACCGAAGAAGAGAAAAUGCAUAUUAUGGAAGCCCGUAGACGAAAUGCAGCCAAAAGAAAAAAGCUGAAAAGUUUGGGCAAAUCAAAGUCAACUGACACAGAAGAAGAGGAAGCUGAGGAGGAUUAUGGUGAUGACGGUUAUCUAAAAACUCGUUCGAAACCCCAAGGCAGUUGCACAGGAUUCUGGCGAGCCGAAAAAAGAUUCCGCUUCUGGAUACGCCACACAGUAAAAACACAAUGGUUCUAUUGGUUCGUCAUAGUUCUGGUGUUCCUGAACACAGUUUGCGUCGCUGUCGAACACUAUGGCCAGCCAACAUUUCUCACAGAGUUUUUAUAUUACGCGGAAUUCAUAUUCCUUGGCCUAUUCAUGUCGGAAAUGUUCAUUAAGAUGUACGCACUGGGACCUCGCAUUUACUUCGAAUCGUCGUUUAAUCGAUUUGAUUGUGUCGUCAUUAGUGGUUCGAUAUUCGAGGUGAUCUGGUCCGAAGUUAAAGGUGGCUCCUUCGGGUUAUCAGUGUUGCGUGCACUGCGACUGUUGCGCAUAUUCAAAGUCACCAAAUAUUGGUCGUCACUGCGCAAUCUAGUAAUUUCCCUGCUGAACUCAAUGAGAUCAAUUAUCUCGUUGCUGUUCCUGCUCUUCUUGUUCAUACUCAUAUUUGCACUGCUCGGCAUGCAGUUGUUCGGUGGUCAAUUCAAUUUGCCAGGAGGCACGCCCGAAACCAAUUUUAACACCUUCCCAAUAGCACUUUUAACCGUAUUUCAAAUCCUAACCGGCGAAGAUUGGAAUGAAGUUAUGUAUCAGGGUAUUAUAUCGCAAGGUGGUGCAAAGAAAGGAAUGAUUUACUCUAUAUACUUUAUCGUUUUGGUACUCUUCGGUAAUUAUACACUUUUAAAUGUGUUCUUGGCUAUCGCCGUCGAUAACUUGGCGAAUGCGCAAGAACUUACAGCAGCCGAAGAGGAACAAGUCGAAGAGGAUAAAGAGAAACAACUGCAAGAGCUAGAGAAAGAAAUGGAAGCCCUUCAAGGUGAUGGGGUUCACCUGGAGAAUGGUGAAGGCACUGUUGCCACUAGCAAAGGAAAAGGCAAAAAGAAGGUCGAAGAGAAAAAGGAGGAGGAAGAAGUAACGGAAGGGCCGAAGCCAAUGUUGCCAUAUUCAUCGAUGUUUAUACUUUCACCAACAAAUCCCAUACGACGUGGUGCCCAUUGGGUCGUUAAUUUACCAUAUUUUGAUUUCUUCAUAAUGGUCGUCAUCUCAAUGUCAUCAAUAGCAUUAGCAGCCGAAGAUCCCGUUCGUGAGAAUUCGAGGCGAAACGAAAUCUUGAAUUACUUUGAUUAUGCAUUUACCGGCGUAUUCACGAUAGAAAUGUUGCUGAAAAUUGUAGACUUGGGUGUAAUACUACAUCCUGGCAGCUAUUUAAGAGAAUUCUGGAAUAUUAUGGAUGCUGUGGUCGUUAUAUGCGCUGCUGUUAGUUUCGGUUUCGAUAUGAGCGGUAGCAGCGCUGGACAAAAUUUGUCAACCAUUAAAUCGCUUCGUGUAUUGCGUGUACUGCGUCCACUGAAGACCAUUAAACGUGUUCCAAAAUUGAAAGCCGUCUUCGAUUGCGUCGUGAACUCAUUGAAAAAUGUUGUUAACAUUCUAAUCGUGUACAUAUUGUUUCAAUUUAUAUUUUCUGUUAUUGGUGUACAAUUGUUCAAUGGAAAAUUUUUUUAUUGUACGGACGAAAGUAAACAUACUUCCGAAGAGUGCCAGGGCUCGUAUUUCAAAUACGAGGAAGACGAACUGCUGCCUAAACAAGAGAGGCGGGUGUGGAAGCCACGAAGCUUUCAUUAUGAUAACGUCGCCGCUGCCAUGCUGACGCUAUUCGCUGUACAGACCGGCGAGGGAUGGCCACAGGUCUUGCAACACUCAAUGGCUGCCACAUACGAAGAUAGGGGUCCAAUCCAAAAUUUCCGGAUCGAAAUGUCCAUCUUUUAUAUAGUAUAUUUUAUUGUAUUUCCAUUCUUCUUCGUCAACAUAUUCGUGGCCUUGAUUAUCAUUACAUUUCAAGAGCAAGGCGAAGCUGAAUUGCAAGAUGGCGAAAUUGACAAAAAUCAGAAAUCGUGUAUUGAUUUUACCAUCGGAGCUCGACCGCUUGAACGUUAUAUGCCGAAAAACCGAAACACUUUCAAGUACAAAGUGUGGCGCAUUGUUGUGUCAACGCCAUUUGAAUACUUUAUCAUGAUGCUUAUUGUGUUCAAUACACUGCUAUUGAUGAUGAAGUACCAUAAUCAAGGUAAGAUGUACGAACAAUCACUCAAGUACAUCAACAUGGGAUUCACAGGCAUGUUCAGUGUUGAAACGGUAUUGAAGAUAAUCGGAUUCGGAGUCAAAAAUUUUUUCAAGGAUCCAUGGAAUAUUUUCGAUCUGAUUACCGUAUUGGGCAGCAUUGUGGAUGCACUCUGGAUGGAAUUCGGGUCGAACUCAAUCAACGUUGGCUUCCUGCGUUUGUUUCGUGCGGCGCGUCUCAUAAAAUUACUCCGUCAAGGAUAUACAAUUCGCAUUCUACUUUGGACAUUUGUACAAUCAUUUAAAGCACUUCCAUACGUCUGUUUGCUUAUAGCAAUGCUAUUUUUUAUAUACGCCAUUAUUGGCAUGCAGGUUUUUGGCAACAUAAAAUAUGACCCGGAUACGCAACUCAAUCGUCACAAUAACUUUCAAUCUUUCUCUGGAGGAAUCAUGCUGCUUUUUCGAUGUGCGACGGGCGAGGCGUGGCCAAACAUAAUGCUCGCCUGUCUGAAGGGCAAAGCCUGUGACGAUGAUGCCGAAAAGGGUGCCGGGGAAUACUGUGGUUCGACAUUGGCCUACGCAUAUUUCGUAUCGUUUAUAUUCUUUUGUUCAUUUCUAAUGUUGAAUCUGUUCGUGGCCGUCAUCAUGGAUAAUUUUGAUUAUCUCACAAGGGACUCCAGUAUAUUGGGUGCUCAUCACUUAGACGAAUUUGUGCGCAUAUGGGCGGAAUAUGAUCCAAAUGCGACUGGUAGGAUACAUUAUACCGAAAUGUAUGAUAUGCUGAAAAACAUGGAUCCACCACUGGGAUUCGGCAACAAGUGUCCCAACCGUCUUGCCUACAAGAAACUUAUACGAAUGAAUAUGCCACUCGAUGAUGAAUUAAGAGUACAAUUCACUACAACAUUGUUUGCACUGAUUCGGGAGAAUCUGAGCAUUAAAAUGCGAGCUCCUGAGGAAAUGGAUCAGGCGGAUAUGGAGCUCAGAGAAACGAUCACAAACAUUUGGCCGCUGCAGGCCAAGAAAAUGUUAAACUUGUUGGUUCCACCCAUUGAUCAGUUGAAUAAAGGAAAACUUUCAGUUGGUAAAAUCUAUGCAGGUUUCCUGAUAUUGGAAUCCUGGCGAAAUACGAGAUUUGGUCAAAUUGAUUCAGGCAUGCCGCGGAAGAAACCUGAAGAUGAUGAUGAUCGUAAAUAUAGCCCAACGGCAGUCGAGGAGCCGAUGCUGGAACUGCAAGAUGCAUCGAGGCAUCCAUCACAAGAAUCGUUGACUGGCGCCGAUGCGGGCCAUUUACAUCCUGGACAUUCGUACAUGAAUGGCCAUCGGCAUUCGCCUAGUUUGAGACACAACGGCUCUCCAUUAGCAAGAUCUCCAAGUCCUAGACGGCGUGGCCAUCAAUACAUACAUCAUGAUAUCGGAUUCUCCGAUACCGUAUCUAAUGUUGUAGAGAUGGUCAAGGAGACUCGCCAUCCAACUAGGCAUGGCAACAGCCAUCCACGGUAUCCAAGAGGUUCAUGGUCAGCAUCGACAAGUCCGGCCCGUUCGCCUUCGCCUUCUCGUUACGGUGGUCAUUUGUCUCGCAGUAAACGCACUCAACUGCCUUAUCCCACAUAUGGGACAACAAGUUUAUGUCAAAGAUCACGAUCGCCGAGUCCCGCUCGACUUCAGGAGAUGCGUGAACGAGACAGACUUGGUUAUGGGAUUGAUAUGGGUGGCACCCAUGUGCAGCACAGCUACCCGACGCUAGCCUCUCGGAGGGCUGGCAUUGGGCGACGCCUACCACCGACUCCAAGCAAACCGUCGACAUUGCAGCUUAAGCCAACCAAUAUUAAUUUCCCCAAACUGAAUGCGAGUCCUACACACACGCAUCACUCAACACCUCACAGUGUUCACUCGCUGCCACAUCACCGCGACCUACUGCGGGACCCAAGAGACGUGUAUUAUAGUAGAAGAGAGCGCGAGUGUGAUCGAGAACGCUUUAGAGAUCGCGAUCGAUUACAUGAGUACGAUCUGCGAUACGAGUAUCGAGAUCGUGAACGAGAGUUAUACGAGCGUGAAUGCGAUCGUGAACGGGAAGUGGAAAGAGAAAGACUGGAAUACAUAGCACCGUUAUCGUUUGAACAAGCGCUAGCUAUGGGCCGAACGGGUCGUGUACUGCCAUCUCCGGUUCUUAAUGGUUUUAAGCCAAAGAGCGGACUUAAUACUCGACACUCCGAUUCGGAUGAGGAGGAUUGGUGCUAGCAAAGGCUUUGAUUGCGAUCGCGUAAUCGAAACGAACAGAUCUGGGUAUAGCAUCACGCCAUUUGCUCAUCGUUAUCAGCACCAAAUUUAGAUCACAAUUUUGAUACGAUACGACGACGAAAUGAGAAUCGUUAUUAUAAUACCACCAUGACAACAGCAACAACAACAACAACUGCAAAAGCAACAGCUACAGCAACAGCAACAACAACACCAGUAACAUCAAUAAUAGCAACAGGAGCAUCCAAUAUCAAAUUGUCUCUAGAAAAUUCAGAUCCAAAUCGUCAGCCGCAAUCGCAAAACAAAAACCUAACGAAGAAACAUCCAGUCACAUCCAGUUCCGAGUAUUACUCGUAUAGCGACGCUUCUCCAUUGAAAUUGACUGUUCCAAUAAUGACAGUGUCAUCAUUACCAGUAACAAGAACGACAUCAUCGCAAUCGGAUAUAUUAGUAAACAAGCAACACAGAGGAAAUAUAGCAACUGCAAAUGCAACUCCAAAUGCAACUGCAACUGUAACACCAAUGACACCAACAAAUCAAACAAUGAUAUUACCAAAUACAAUAACAACAUCAGUAGAUAUUAAAAGGGUUUAUUCGGAUAACAAUAUUAAUUAUAAUAGCAUCACAGCUAACGAUAGAUUUACCUUAUCUGCCGACUUAGAAGAUCAUCAUUAUCACGAGCAUUACCAAAAUCAGGAUCAUCACAAUCUAAUACAACAAGAACGAGAACAAGAAGAACACCAACAGGAACAUCAAAUGGAUUGGUAUCAUACACUUUAAUAGCAAAAAAACCAAAAACAAAACUAAAUCCAGAACCAGAACGCGCUGAAAUGUAUAAAAAAAAACAAAAACAAAAACUUAGAACAAAAAAAAAAACAAUGGAAAGGAAAGGAACACAGAAAAGUGAAUAACUAGUAAAUGACAGAAAAGAUGUGAAACAAAAACAGAAACAGAAAAACAAAAACGUAUUGUAUGUAGGUAACACCUAAAAAUCUUUUGAACAUAUUUAGAAUAUAGAAUAUAAGUAGGUAGUAUCUAUGUAUAUGUACAAUAUGUAGGUACUCGCAUACAUUAUAUACAUAAUAAGUCUAGUAGUCAUCUAGUACAUAUUUACAUGCAUAAAACUUGAUGAAUCUGUAAUCCAUUUACAAGCGUUUUUGUCUUGUUUAUAUAUAUUUAAAGUUAAUAAUUCAAUUAUGUACAUUCAAAUGCGGAACUAUGUAUAUUUAUUAUUAUACGAUUGUGUAUAUUAACAAAUAUUAUUAUUAUUGUAGGUAUCAAAUUUUUGUAUUAUGUAUUAUGUAUUUAUGUACGACUACGAGUAUACUACAUAGCAGCAAAAAAAAAAAAAAAAAAAAAAAAAAAAAAACAAGUGAGCGCGUUUUAAUCACCUACGGAUGCAUUCGAUUCGAUAGUAUAUACACAUAUACAUAAAUAUUUAUAUAUAUAUAGAAAGAGAAAGCAGCGGGGAUAUUCUUUUGAUUAAUAAGUACAUGAGAUAAACACUUGCCGAAGUGUGCAUGAAAUAAUGUUAAGAGUUGAUCGUUUUGUGAAUUUGGUGACUGUUUUGUGUGAUUGAGUCUGUUUUUUGGAAUAUUUGUGAUCGAGUGAGUGAAUGAGUGACUUGUGUGUAAAUCUUAGGCAAUUUAUGAGUAAAACCAACUAAAAAUGAAUUGUUUUUUUUUUUGUCAUGUAUAUUUAAUUUUUUUUUUUUGGGAAAUUGUUUUUCUGACUUUCGAUAACUGCGAAAUCAGCAACUAUAAAUUCCAUACACAUAGCGAGUAAUAUAGAUUUUUCUGUUGCUGAUUCCGAUUCCACAAAUAGAAGUGCAUUAUGUUGUUGAAUUUUGUCGUCUUCCUUUAACUAAAUACUACAAAACAUAUAUAGACAAACAAAUGAAGGAUCUACUCUCAUACAAUAUGUAGGAUGAUAAUACUACAAACAUACAUACAUACAGGUUUAUGUUAUACUGUUGUUAAAAGACAAAAACAAUCCUCUAGAAUAUGCAAAUAUAUCUUUUCGUGUCAUUCAUUUGUUUCGUGAUUCGCGUUUCACGUUUCAUCUUUGUAUCUUUGCAUAUGCACACAAACAUAUUCUUACUGACACACAUAGACAAUGUCCAUGCAUACAUACUUGUGUGUACAUGGUAUAUAUGUAAGUAUGUAUUUGAGUACAUACUUAUACGAUGAUAAUAUGUAUAGAUACAUUUUUUCAGCGAAUCUUGCAAUAGAAAUGCAGCUAAGUGACAACAAAAACAAAACAAAGCAAGCAAAAAACAAAAGAAACAAAAAAAAACAAUCUUGAACAUAACUUUAACAGAUAUACAUACAUCUAUAACAUAUAGACACACACUAGUGACAUUCUAAAUCAAAAACCAAUUAGCGUAUAUAUAGUUGAAUCUAUAACUCAACAUCUGGGUGUUGAACGCCGGAAUAUUAAAGAGCGCACAAAUAUUGUACUUUAACAGAUGAAAUCCAUAACUUAAGUAAAUAAAUAAAGCAAAAAACAAACAAAAAAAAUCGUGAAGCAGCCAUGCGAAAUUACACAAUACGUAUUCUUAGCUCAUAUGUAUGAAAGCAAACACCAAAAUGAGUAAAAAAAAAAACAACAAAAAACCAAAAACAAAAACAAAUAAGGACUCACUUCUCUGAUAGUGCAUACGAUAAAUUUGUAUGUAGGUUAGUCAAAUUAAAUACUAUUUACUUCUACAUUAUCAAACCAAAAAUACCAAAAAACAAAAACAAAACCAAAAAAAUAUUCAAAUAAUUAACAAAAACAACAAGAACAACAACAACAAAAAUCAAACAUAAUUCUUUAAAUUGCACUGUAUACAUCACCCACAUGCAGGAUUAGUAUGCAUACAUAUUUACAUACGUACAUACAUACAUACAAACACCAGCAUAUAUACUAUAUAUAUAAAUAUACAAUAGACAAGUGGAUAAGUGUGUCAAAUGCCAUGGGUUAAGUGAUCAAAGAUAACAUUCACAUAUGUAAAACAUAGAUCAAAUCUCACUUGCUUGCAGACUUCUCCAUCAAAAGCUUCAAAAUACGAACAUUUUGUAACUAAUUCAUUUUUGCUACAAAAAUUGCAAAAUUCACCCAAAAUUAUAUGAAAUGUUGAUUUGAUUUUCUUGUUUUCUAUUUGCUUUUAAUUUUAAGAAACCUAGUCAAAUAUACACUUGUAUAAAUAUAAAAACAAAAAUGUAAGCUUAGGAGCUUAGGAGUCUUCUACAAUUCAUUUCGCAUGUAACACAAGAUAUUUUAAUUGAAGCGUAAUUAUUAACAUAUGCUGGUUAGAAAACGUUGAAUUUUAUAUUAUUAGCUAAAUAAUUGGGGCAUGUGUUUGGGUUCAACUUGCAGAUUGUUUCCUUAUAAUGUUCAUACAAAAAACAAAAACAAAAAAAACACCCAUUUUUCAAUCAAUCGUUUUUGUGAACCUUGGUCAAGGUACAUCAUAUAUAUAUAUAUAUGUAUAUAGUAUAUAUAUAUAUAUAUAUAUAUUGAAUUUGUGUUCAAUUGAUAUUUGUAUUUGCAAAGGCCACAAAUUUUUUGUAUAGGAUAAUUUAUUUUUCGACCAAUUGUUCCUUUGAUGGCUAUAUAUUAUGUAAUAGUGAUCCGAUCCAGCUCGUUUCGACUAAUAUAUCCGAGUGUAUGAAAUAAUUACUGGCUUUAAGUUUCCUCACAGUAGCUUCAAGACUGAGGAUUAGUUUGCUUAAAAAAAAUGAAAUAAAAAUACAGACAGACAACCGACACUCGAACACUGGCUAAAACGAUUCAGAUUAUUUUAGCUAUCUGCAACAGCAUGCGCAAUACAUACACACACACACACACACUCACACUAAUUUGUAUAUAGAACAGAUAUAAGAAAACAACAUUUUCGAAAGCAACAAACAAAUAUAUAAGAUACAUAUAUCUACUCUUGAUCAGCACAUGUGGAUCCGAUUGUUGUCCGAAUGGUAGAAAAAAGGGUUAAAAGUUUGUCUCGAUUUUUAUAUGGCGACCGUAGUGAAAGGAAGAAUCAUUACUGACGACGCUAUAUAGACGUACAUACAUAACUGCAUGUUUGUUAAUGUGUGUAUGUGUCUUAAUAUGUUUAUAUGUGUGUGCGAAUACUUGGUAGGGAACCUGAACCUCAACCUGAGAACUGGUCACAUGGUCACAACCUUGCAGUCGAGCACUCUCGACUAUAUAAUACAAACAUUUUCUAUUUUCUUUGUUUCAAUUAUCCGAAUACUUUGUAAUUGUCUAUUUCAAUGCCGCUCGCUUACAAUGGACAGCAGUGAACUCUUUUCAAUUGUAUUGUAUAAAUAAUAAGCGCGAUUUGUAGGGAUCAACUUUGACAUCACUGCGACAACUCAGUGAAUAAAGCUACUUCUAUUUAGCAUAAAAUACAUAUAUUUCUCCUUUCACAACCAAAGAUAUCAUUAUACUUAUUUAGAACGAAUCUUUUUAUAUAUAUUAUAUAAACAAACAUACAUACAUAUAUGAAAAUCUAACGAUUGUUUUUUGUCCUGCAAAGUUAAGGCAUCUAGUACAAUAUUUCGUCAUGAGAAUAUAUAAAACACUCAAUAACUCUUAACAUAACUUAACUUACAGCUUGAAAACGUUCAGUUCAAUUCUUCCAAACCCCCUUUGUAAUUUCUUCUUCUGACAUUUUGUACAUUCAUAACUACAAAACGGUUUCGUAUUGAAUCGUGAAUCAAUACGUGUGCACUGUACAAAAUACAGAUUUUUGCAAAUUCAUUUAGAUCUAACUACACCUGGGGUGCGAAAGAUUGACUGUAGAUUUGUAAAAAUAUACUUGCAUAUACAUACAAUACAUACAAACAUACGUAUAGUCUAUUUAGUCAUGAUAUAGUGAAGAGAAUGGCAUUAUCUUGCUUUACAUGUGCCAGAUGACGGUAUGAUGCUUAUUCUGUUUUUUAUUUGUUUUGUACAUUUUGUCUUAUUUAAAAACUGUCUGGUGUAUAAGUCACAUGAGAAAUCGAAAUCUAAAUAGCUCUUAAUUUUGUACCAAAACAAAAAAAAAAAAAGAAAAGGAAAAAGAAAAAAAUGAAAAAAAAAAUACAAAAAAAAGCUAAAAGUCAAGAAAAAAAAAAACAAGAA